AUGAAGUCGGACAAUGUCGAUCGCUCAAUAGAAGGUUUUAACCUCCAACCCGCUGAUAUCAUGGUGAGGGGUCAAUCCCCAGAUCACAUGGCGGGCACCCCCUUUUAUAUACAGACAAAGGUCCCUCGAGUCUUACACUAUUCCAAUACCCAGAACAUUCCAUCUUAAGGACUAUUAGGUUCGAAGACGAAGCUACACUUGAAUACCAUAUCACCAAAAAAAAAAACAUCAAGAAUAUCAAAACAAUUUACGAAGACAAAUCCCAAGAUGUCGAAAGCCUUUCUUCUAGCCAAGGAGAAGUACCAGGCUGUCAUCGACGACGCGGGGAGGGGUGACUUCGCCGAACCAACCGCAUUGGCACAACUCGGCAUCCUUCGAGCGGAGACUGCCAUCCCAUCAAUAGGGUCGAUCAUCCUCAACAGCGUCGCCGGAGUAGCACGACUAUGAGGGAGAAGAUCAGAGAUAUGAUGAACAGGCCGGCUUAUUAAGUCGCGUGUAUUACAUUGUUAUACGGAUAACUAGCUGCCGUUUGGUCAGGGGCAUCGUGAAUUAUGUGUACUAAAUUGCCACAAAUAAGAACAAAUUUCAUGAUUUUGAGAACUGGCUCGAGGAUUCUCUUUGGCACUAG